GUUAUUUGUUUCCAAUUGCAGGCAAAACAACCAUGGCUCUAGUAACAUUUAUUCCAUACGAAUGGUUCUCAGACUGGGAGAAUGAACGUGUCAUGAAGAGAGGGGACGAGUAUGAAAGCAUUAAGAAAGUUUUUGGUUAUAAAGCUAUAGACCAGGCAUGCAGACUGUUCCCUUCUAUUAAGGAUCAUAUUGAUUAUGUAUCAAUUGGAACACCUGUGACAAACAAACAUUACAUUGCUGCACCAAAAGGGGAAAUUUAUGGACUAGACCACACUUCUGCAAGAUUCUCAUUAUGGAAUAAUGCUCUGUUAAGGCCUAAGACCGAUAUACCGGGACUUUUCUUGACUGGACAGGAUAUAUGUUCAUGUUGGAAUUUUCUCUGA